AUGCGCGACAUCCGCCAGUUGGACCAAGCGUACACAGACGCCACCGAGCCAAGCUUGGUUUUCCGAGACCAAGCGAUUCUGGUCAACGUCGUCCCGAUUCGAGCCAUCAUUCUCCGCAAUCAGUUUGUUGUGCUCAGUGCGAACAGCCAAGUCGAUUCAGAUCACAUGGCGCAGCUGCAGACGCGAGUGCAGACAUACCUGCGCGAAAGCCCCAGCACCCCGUUCGAGUUUACCGCGUUGGAAGGCCUCUUGGCCAUCGUGUCUGCAUGGUUCGCCGCACAGUGCACGCUGCUGACACCCACGGUGGACGUUGCGCUGACGUCGUUUGCAACGAACGACCGCCCACGCGAAGAGUUUGACCAGCUGCGCAAAGUGCAAAGUGCCGCCACCACGAUGCACUUGCAACUCAGUGGCAUUCGCCGGAUGCUCAUGGCGCUCUUGGACGACGAACAUGCCUUGGGCAUGAUGCAUUUGACCAACCUGUCGCAGUCUUCCCCCGUCGACGAAGUCGAAUCGGUUCUGGAAACCAACGUGCAGGACAUGUUUGGCACCCUUGCGAGCAUCUCGAUGGUGCUGACCAAGAUCGACCACACGCAGCGGAUGGUCGACUUGACGUGGACGUCCAAGCGAAAUUACUUGCUCGUGGUCGACAUGUCGCUCAAGUGCAUGUUCCUCGGCCUCCUCGUCACGCAUUUGUGGACCGGAAUGUUUGGCCAAAACCUCCACUCGUACGUGGAAGGUGACGACGUGUGGUUCACGGCCACAUUUGGAUCGUGUGCCGCGUGGAUUCUCGGGUCGUACGUCGUCGUGUAUGUGUAUUUCAAGUCGAAAGGCAUUGUCCUGUCGUGGCGAAUGCGUGGCUUCGACCUGCCUGAAUAA